AUGCCCUUUUCUUCCUCCAAACGGCCUCAAAGCGCCGCGAUCACCCUACGCGAUGGGACGGGCGCGGUGGAGCAGCGGAGACGGACUGUGAGCUUUGCGCCGGAGGAGGUGCAGAACAUAUGGGAUCGUCCGAACUGGCCUCUGACUGCUGCUUCCGACGACAUGGAGGAAUUGGAGCCGGGGACGGAGCUGCGUGAAGGACAGGCGGUCCAAGGGGCGGUGGUGCAGAAGUCGCAGGAUCACGGCAUGCAGCUGGGAGGGAAAUACGGAUACACGUUUGACGAGCACGAGGUUAGCGAUAUCGAGGAGGAGGAAGAGGACCUGGAGGAGGAUGAUGCGGAAAUGUUGCAAACCCCAUCGACAUCGACGCUGUCACAAUCGCAGUCUCGGUCUCCAUCCCACCACCGACGACCGGAUUCACCGUCGUUUCACCUUCAGCCCACGCCCUCCACCUCUGAGUCGCACAAAACCUCAUUACGAGGCUUGGAACGCCCAACCGAGCCAUCUCCCCAGCCAAACGUUUCACUUGUCCACGAAGGGGAACCCCAGCAGCACCAUGCCAUUACCAGUAGUACGGCCUCUUCAUCAGCACCCACGUCAGAUCAGCAGGACCAGCAAGGCCAGCAAGACCCACCACCACAUCCGAGCAGCUUACAACAACCGAUACACUCACAAUCAAAUGGGCAGACGACGACGAUCACAUCCGACGACAAUGCUUCAGAAACGCGAGACAGUCUAGCCGUUCCCAUCACGCCCAGCACCGCCACCAACAACAACYCCCCCGUCCUCCAACAAGGCUCACGUCUCAGCUAUCACGCCGUCCCUUCCGCGAACAACAGCCGCGCUUCUCUCGCCAAGGCGCCGAUGCAUAGUCCGCCUUCCCACCGCCGCACAUCCACACGAUCUUCGCACAACCCCUACAACACCACCCAAAUACCCUCGAACAAGGAGCGACUACGAUAUAGUUGGCAAUCCCUACAAGAUGACGAGCCGAACCGUCCACGGAUACACAUCAUCAAGCUGGUGUCGAAUACAGCGACGGCUUCUGCAGGGUUUCCCACCGGAGAGGCCUUUGGGUUCUCCAUCUCACCUGGCGGGAGGAGGAUCGCGGCUUACAACAGUGCGAGGUUGUAUCUGUUGCAGACUGCAGCGCUGCCUGUAGGCAUUAGCCAGGACUAUGCAUUGAAGAGAAGGCCUUUGGCGGUGGAGCUCACCGACGAAGGAAAUAUCAUGGCCAUUUUGACCGAUGGUCAUACGGUCAACAUCUACGAUCUUGAACAUGAAGUCAAGAGAACACGGACAAUCAAGCUGGAUUUCCAUUCGAGUUGCAUUGCGCUGGCUCCUACGGGUGGUCUCCUGGCUGCUGCGUAUGAGGGUGGUGUUGAGAUCUUCUCGCUGGAUGCUAGUGCGUUGCCCACGGACAGGAGAGCUGUGAGGUCGAUCAGGAUGGACCGGAUGACCUUCUCAGAGGAUGGGUCGACUUUAUUGGGGACCACAACAAGAAUCAACGUCUCUUCGACUGUGGUUGUGUCGGUUCCCGUCUUUCCCUCAGCRGCGGAGGGAACUCCUACACACGCAGAACUCAAGGAGGCAUGGUGUUCUGAGCUCCUCCACCCUGAAAAUAUCCGCAACAGUAGUCACGCAACAUUCAUGCGCGAUGCACGGACAACCUGCAACGAUCGACUCUUCGCAUGGAACGGACUGGAGGACACCUUUGGCCUGCUUCAUGUCGCAGAUAUGCACUACGGGAAUGCAGAGUUCCCAGUUGUGAUUGACCCGCCGCUGUCAACAUGUGGAGGGCUGGGAGCAGCAAUCCACAGCUGUCCUGCGAUUGACGAACACGGAGACACGGUUGCCAUGAUUGUCAAUGAUCGCACAAUCCGCUUGUACAUCGUCCCAAGGAAACAAGUUGAUGAGAGUAUACCAGUGGAAGCGCAUAGCAUUGACCAUGAAUUGGAUGAAGGGUAUGGAUGUCCGUUCAGUGAGGUGCGAUGGGUGCACAGUUCUGCGGCAUUGCCCUCGCCUGCGGAUACUUUAAACUCUGUCAAAGGCAGAUUGAUCGUUACAAGUCCUGGAGGCGUGAGCGAAUCGGGGAUUAGUGAAGAGAGUGUGGAGGAUAUCGAGGGCGGAAGAAUCAUUCUUUUCGACUUUGAUCCGCAAUUUGCAGGACAACCAGGUCAGACUUUCAGUCUGACUUUGGGGAAGAGUCCGCCUCAAACUUUGGAGGAAGAGCAGGUGGAUGUUGCUGAACAAGUUGCGCUUGUGAGGAAGCGGACGGUCAAUCAAAGAGAGCGGGGAGGACUCAGUCAGAGACCUACCAUGCUCGGAAGGGCAGCGACAACAUACAACACUCACCUGCGAAGAGGGCCGAGUGCGAUGGGUGGGAGGAGCGCACGAACGAGUAUGCUUUCGAUUGGAACGCUACAAUCUGAAGGUGCGAGGAGUCUCCCCGAUCUAAUGGAAAAUGGUGAGCAAUCGGAGAGCUACGAAGAACCGUAUGUGCAAGGUGCACCCAGAUCGCAGGCAAGUCUUCAAAGAGCUGCUUCCAAUGCGCAACGGCAUCGAUAUCAAGCUCUUGAAGAGAGAAGUCGAGAGAGGAUUUCUGUUGAUUCCAAUGGGAACUUUCUUCCCCUGCCGGAGUAUACUGAAGAGCCGAAUGCUCCUCUGCCCCAACGUUUCCGUGCUCUGGCUGGAUUGGAGACGCCAGCUGCACUCCCGGGGAAACCCUCGUCAGGGCUUACUCCAGACUCCGCAGAGUCCAUCUCACCUCCUGCCCUGAGCGAGAGCUUCACCGCGGACCAACACUUCCGCCCUGCUACCAACACACCACCCUCGGCAGCAAGCAUUCGCCCCUCACCAAGUCUAGAUUUCCACCUCGGCCGCUCCGCAUCCCCUGCAAAUGGACCCGCGGCGAGCAUUCGUUCAGUGUCGACAACGAACAACUCCUCCUUCUAUCCGACGCUACGAGGAGGAGAGUCUUACCGACCUGCCAGUCCAGCGGCAAGUACGCGGACACUCGAAUCUGUCAGUGCGCAUCAGCAGCAAUUGAGACCUGGUCCAUAUGGCACCCCGAACUUCCUGCCAAGAAGCCUGCAGAGGGCAUACAGCAAUGCCGUCUCUCCACUCCCAGCGAAUGAAUCCCGAAGUGGGAGUCGCGCAGGAGCUUCGUCCGCUUUCGGAACACACUAUGCGGGGUCCGUGCAAGAAGAAGAUGAAGCGGGAUGGGAUAUCAUCUCUCCGGUCGCUCCGAGUCGGACAAUAUCACCGUUGGACAUGCGAAGGAUGAGUGCGAAUGCGAACCCGAAUCGCUUUUCGCAGCAGCAUUUGCAACAGCCAGGGACGGAGAGUAGAAAUGCCAGUGUUGUUAGCGCUUCUACUGCUGGAGGAUACGGACCUUCAGCGCACCAGCGGAGUUUGGUACACGAUGGGAGGAGAUUGCCGCCGCAUAUUCUGGCGUUCCGAAUGGCUGCUGCUGAGAAUGCGCAGGCAAGUGUGAAUGCGAAAGCCCUUGCUCAGGCGAAUGUGAAUGUGAACGGCUCCCAUGCGCACGGCAAUGGGAACGGUAACCAUCAUGUGGAUGUCGAUAGCCAAACCAGCGCAAGCCUUUUCCCGGCUACAGUGCCCCUCGACCAAAUCCCUCUCCGACAGCAGCCAAUUCAAGACGGGAGAGCGGGAGUUCAAGCACAUCCCAUCACUGGAUGGAGACCUCCUGCUCCUGCUGUCAAGCCGGGGAGUUCAGGUUCAGCGGGGGGCAAGAAGAACAAAAAAGGGUUGUUUUCGACGAAGAAGAAGGAGAGGGUGGAAGAGUUUGGCAAGACUGGUGGUCCGGAUGUGGACGCCAUGUCGGUGUGGAUUCCGGAGAAGGCAGGCAAGGAGAAGUGUGCAGUAAUGUGA